AUGGACCGUGUGGCUACUUCUCUCCUGCUUGUUGCUUGCUCUCUGUUGUUCGCAUCCGUCCUGGCCAGUGACCCGGAUCCUCUUCAAAACCUGUGUGUUGCAGAUCUCAACUCCACGGUCUCCAUGAAUGGCUUCGCUUGUAAGCAAACGGUGUCCGAGGAAGACUUCAUCUCGCGUCUUCUAAGUUCUGUCCAGCCCGUCACUACUCCUGACGUGUUCGUUGUCACCCUCCUCAACGUCGAACAGUUUCCAGGCCUCAACACCGCCGGGAUAAGUCUCGCCCGGGGUGAAAUGGGACCUGGAGCUGUAAAUUCCCCACACGUCCAUCCACGCUCAACCGAAGUUUUCUUCCUUCUCGAAGGUAAGGUUCAGGCGGGAUUUGUGUCCAGCAAUAACCUCUUCUCGAGAACACUCGAAAAGGGGAACGUCUUCGUCUUUCCCAGAGGCCUUGUCCAUUUUCAGAUUAACUUGGACGAUGCGCACCCGGCUCGAUUCCUGGCUGUGUUUAACAGCCAGAAUCCUGGUGCUGAGCGGCUGGGUUCUACGCUUUUCGGCUCAGGUAUCUCCGACGAAGUUCUGAAAAAAUCCUUCAAACUAAACGAGCAGACAAUAUCCCAACUUCGGAAGGAGUUUACCGGCUAA